AUGUCUCUGAACGCGCAAAAGAAACCCGUCAUCGCCGUGGUGGGCGCUGGCCCAGGCAUUGGCGAAGCAGUGGCUCGCCGCUUCGUCGCUGAAGGCUUCUGCGUGGCGCUCCUCGCACGCACCGAGGACAAGCUACAGAAAAUGGCGCAGGGCAUCGACGCGGACCACGGCAAGGGAUCGGCGCGUUACUACAUCACAGACCUGCGACAGGAGUCGUCGGUGCUGUCGAGCUUCCAGCGGAUCCGCGACGAGCUGGGCCCCGUGGCGGUGCUGGUCUACAACGCCGGGGCGCGACGGGUCAACGGGCGCAGCAUCCUCGACACGUCGUCGGAGGAAUUCGAAAACUUCACCAAGAUCAACCUGUUUGGCGCCUUCUGGGCGACCAAGUGCGUGCUCCCGGACAUGCUCGCCGCGGGCAGAGGCACGAUCCUGUUCACGGGGGCCACGGGGGCCCUGCGCGGCAACCCGGGCCUCGCCAGCUUCUCGCCGGGCAAGUUCGGGCUACGGUCGCUGUGCCAGAUCAUCACGCGCGAGUACCAGGCGCAGGGGAUCCACGCCGCGCACAUUAUCGUCGACAGCCCUGUCGACGGCAAACUGAUCGGCGAGUGGUCGCGGCGCCAGUGGCAGCGCACGGGCCAGGGCGAGAAGCUCGACGACGUCGACGGCCACCUGGUCAAGCCGGCCGAUCUGGCCCAGACGUACUGGUUCCUGCACACGCAGCCGCGGAGUGCCUGGACCCACGAGCUGGACGCCCGGCCGCAAAAGGAGAAUAUGUUUUCGAAGCUGUGA